AUGGGGAACCCCAACCGGUACGCGGCCCGGGGGCCCGAAACCAGAGACCGCCCCGCCCUCCGCCGCCUGUCCCACUACCUGCUGGCCCACUACCAGAAGGGCACCCGGCCUGUCCGGGACUGGCGAACGACCACCAAUGUGGCCAUCGACCUCAUGGUCUACGCCAUCCUCAGCGUGGAUGAGAAAAACCAGGUGCUGACCACCUACAUCUGGUACAGGCAGCACUGGACGGACGAGUUCCUCAGGUGGGACCCGACGCGCUUCGACAACCUGACGCAGAUCUCCCUCCCCGUGGAGAGCAUCUGGGUGCCCGACAUCCUCAUCAACGAGUUGUGAGUGAGGUGAAACCCCUGGGGCCGCGGCAGGCAGCCCCGGGGUUCGGACCCCCCUCGCCCACCGCGGGCACGUGCCGCCCCGCGCUUUGUAUUCCCGCUGCCGGUGCUUGGGGCCGGGCGCCCCUGGUCCUCACCUCUCCUCCACCCCCCAGUCCGUGACAUCAACCUCUCGCUGUGGCGGCAGCCAGAGCUGGUCAAGUUCGACCGGAGCGUCUUCAUGAACCAGGGCGAGUGGGAGCUGCUCUACGUCCUCAGCCGCUUCCAGGAGUUCAGUGUCAAGAGCAGCGACAGCUACGCGGAGAUGAAGUUCUACGUAGUCAUCCGGAGACGUCCCCUCUUCUACACCGUCAGCCUGCUGCUCCCCAGCAUCUUCCUGAUGGUUAUGGACAUCGUGGGCUUCUACCUACCUCCCAACAGUGGCGAGAGGGUCUCUUUCAAGAUCACCCUCCUGCUGGGCUACUCAGUUUUCCUCAUCAUCGUAUCCGACACGCUGCCAGCUACUGCGGUCGGCACCCCCUUGAUAGGCAUCUACUUUGUGGUAUGCAUGGCGCUGCUUGUCAUCAGCCUGAUGGAGACCAUCCUGAUCGUGCGCCUGGUGCACAAGCAAGACCUGCAGCCCCACGUCCCCGAGUGGGUGAAGCGCCUGCUGCUGGAACAAGCCACCGUCCUGCUCUGCAUCCGGGACAGGAAGAAAUUCAGCCGAAGCAGGACGCAGAGCUCGGACAUCUCCAGGCAGGUGGACAACAAUGACAGCACAGCCAAGCUGAACCACUACAGCUGCGAGGACCCCCGGGAGUGCGAGACGGUGGGGGGUGCGAGGCUUGCAGCGGCCUUUGCCGGCCAGGCGGAGGGCUCCCCGCUGAUGCAUGGCGUCCUGCGCGAGAUCCCCGCCAUCCGCCAGUUCCUGGAGAAACGCGAGGAGUUUCGUGACGUCGCCCACGAGUGGCUGCAAGUGGGCUACGUGAUGGAAGUCCUGCUCUUCCGGGCGUACCUGGCGGCCGUCCUGGCCUACAGCAUCACGCUGGGCACCCUCUGGUCGGUGUGGCGGGACGCCUGGGCGGCUCCCGCCUUUGGGGGCAGGAGAGUGCCGGCGCGCGCUAAUGCGCUGAUGGUCUGUAAGUGGCUGCCUAUUGAUGAGGUGUCCAGUUAA